AUAAAUGUUCCAACGCAACCCAUCUCAAUCUUUACCUCAUAACGUAUUGCUGUGUCGAUUAUGACCGUUUCAUUUUCAUUCCUGUGCUUUUUCUGUGAAUGAAUCAAGGCCUUUUUAUAAAUAAACCAGCAACAAUACCAAUACCAAACUCAUUUUUCAAUCAGCUUCGGUUGCUUCUUCUUCCAUGGACUUCAAGUCUUCCUUCAUCACUCUCUUUCUUCUUCUUCUCGUCUUCCUCGCUCAGUCUCAAUUUUCAAUGGGUGGGUCGAUGGAGAGGGGUUCAUCAGAUGUUUAUGAGAUCGAUUAUAGAGGGCCAGAGACGCACUCUUCAAGUCCUCCGCCGGAUCGUCCUCAUCGUAAGAAGCCUAUGAUUCAUCGUGAAAGGGGGGUGGCGCUUCCCGAAUCCAACGGCUCUCAGGGCGGUGCUGGUGGCCGAAACACACUAGCAAAUGGAAGGAAAAUUCAUGGGUAGAGAAGUUUUGGAAGCGGAUUUGAUUUUGAUUUUACUAAAAUAAAUAAAUAUAUAUAUAUA